UGGAGUAAAGCGGACAUAUAAAAAAGCUUAUAAAUCGAACUUUAUAUUUAUUAAGUUUAUUCGAUAAACACGUAGAACGAUGACCUUGUUAUCAUUAUCAGCAUUUCUCCUUCUCUUAAUACGAUCACUUUAACGAACUCCGUUUGGUCAUUUUAAGUUCAACUGUGAUACAUACAUUACUCAUUCUAUUGGAUUCCAUUGGUGCGAAUACUUUGUGAUUUUUCAUUUGCUCGAGUGUUCUGCUUGCGUUCUGUGAAACUUAAUCAUGAAAAUCGCUGUAAUCGGUGCCGGAGCCGCGGGACUUGCUGCGCUUCGUCAAUGCACUUCCGGUAAUUACGACGACGAAGUGGUGUGUUACGAAAAAACAGACCAAAUCGGCGGGACAUGGGUCUAUCGAGAGGAAACUGGUUCCGAUAGAUACGGGUUACCGAUUCACACUAGCAUGUACAAAAACCUCAGGACUAAUCUGCCAAAGGAAGUAAUGGGCUAUCCAGAUUUUUCAAUACCGAAAAAAUCCGAAAGCUACUUGUCGCGUACGGAGAUACUGGAUUUUCUAAACGCAUAUUGCGAUCAUUUUGCACUACAUCCUUACAUUCGACUGCUACAUCAUGUGGAACUGGUGGAACCGGCCUUAGGAGAUCGGAAGUGGUCGGUCAAGGUCAGGGAUUUACAGAGGGACGCGGUCGUGACCGAGGGAUUUGACGCAAUCAUGGUGUGCAACGGUCAUUAUUUCGAGCCCAGUAUCCCGGAGAUAUCAGGUCACGAUAUUUUCGCGGGCAAACAGAUGCAUAGUCACGAUUACCGGAUUCCCGAGAUCUUCGACGGCAAGACUGUCGUCGUUUUGGGAGCUGGUCCUUCCGGUAUGGAUUUGGCAUUGGAAAUAUCCAAGAACGCGAAUCGCGUGAUUUUGAGUCAUCACUUACGCGAGACUAUAUGCACCGUAUUCCCUGAGAAUGUCGUACAGAAACCUGAUUUGAUGCAAUUAACGGAGCGGGAUGCGAUUUUUUCGGAUCAAACAAAAGAGCAGGUCGAUGUCGUUUUCUACUGUACAGGAUAUAAAUACAGUUUCCCUUUCCUUGCCGAAUCCUGUGGAGUUUGGGUGGAUUCCAAUAUGGUCAAACCUCUUUGGAAACAUCUGGUGUCCAUAGAGAACCCGACCUUGGCACUGGUGGGUCUUCCGUACUACGUUUGCGCCUUCAGUAUGUUCGAUUUGCAGGUGCGAUUCGUCCUACGACACUGGCACGGCGAGAGGCAGUUUCCCGAGAAAGAGGAUAUGCUGAAGUCCGAGACCGAGGAAGCGACGACACGAAUCUUUAAGAAGCAUUUGCAGAAGAGACACUUUCACAUGAUGGGUCCGGAGCAAGGUCAAUAUUACGCUGACCUGGCGAACAUCGCGGGUAUCACGCCUUUACCGCCCGUGCUGACGAAACUCCACAAUAAGAGUAGCAAGCGCUUCCUGGACGACUUGGUGCACUAUCGGGAGGACCGCUACACGAUCAUCAACGACUACAAAUUCCUUCAGAAUUAAUUUCUAUUUUAGCUUUAGAGCGACAGAAACAGUCAUUUAUAUAUGAUAAUUAGAUAUUUUUUCAAUCUGUGACAGUUAUACAUU